AGCACCUGCCAAAACUACAUCUCGAAGAAAGAGGGAGACAUAAUUAAUACUGACGUAGAAUUUGUUUCUGUUUUCUUUCAUUAAUCUUAGCAGUUUACAGUAUAACAGUUAGGAUCCGCACCUUUAUUCCCUAGGCUAUCCCGGGAUGUUUCUUUGAUCUAUGUUGUUCAGUGUUUAGUACAGUCGAAAAUGUCUCGUUAUUAUUCUUCCUCAGUGUUUAUGUUGGGAUUUGUUUUUGUCUUACAGUUUCUUGUUUCGUCAGUGGAGGGUGGGGAAUGCUGUCGGGCCUAUUACACAGAUGAGGAGAGCCAGGAGGCAGUAUGGUGCAGUAAAUACUGUUGUUUUGACACCAAGCCAUAUUGCUGUAAUGACGGUGCCAAAAGAGCUGGAGAAGGAAAUCGAUCUGAUUUCUGUAGACAAUGGUUCUCCGCUCCAGAAAAUGUAUGGGCCCCUAUAUUGAUUGCCAUAGCAAUAAUAUUCGUACUGACGGGUUGCGGGUUAUGUUGCUGUUGCUGUCGUGGUCCCUGUUGCGUCAAAGAUGAAGAUCGAAAGCGGCUUAUGAAAAAAUUUGCAAUAUAGCAACAAAGUGAAGAAUUUUGACUCAGAAUUAAAUUCAUCAAUUACAUGUAUAUUUUCACAUGGUAUGUAUUGACAUGUCCAGUCAUGAAUUAAUACCAUUAGAUAAAAUAGAAAUAAACCUGUGCAGCUCUUGUGACUUAAAUGAUGUUUAAGAAAAUUAAUGUAUUUUUCAAAAUGAUUUAAGGUAUUCAUUUAACAUUUUUUGAAAUAUGUACAUGUAAUAUGUUAGCUAUUUUCGAUUUCCUGAUUACCAAGUAUCAACCAAUUUAAUGUUGAUCAUAUAAAACACCGUUUUUCCCUUGAUAAACAUUGGUUUUAUAUUAGUUUAUAGUCACUUGUACAUUUUCAUGCUUUACUGUAUUGAUUCAUCAAAAACAUUUUCACGAGCCCAAUUAACUUGGCCGCUUGAAAACUUCAAAAACAUGCAUUAUUUAACCUUGCAAUUUUGUUUAAAUUAAUUUGUAUGUGUAAACAGUGUUACAAAUCUCUGUGAUGUAUUUAUAAUAAAUAUUUUGAAUAAAAUAAUUGACAAUUCUAA